AUGGAGUCGGGAUUCUAUUUUGACACUGAAAGGAAUCAAGUUGUACCAGUAGAUAAGUUGAUUGAAGCAGCUACUGUACGAGAAAAGCCGGCCCGAGCAAAUAAUUACGGAAGAGAAAAUAGUGAAACAUACCUCUAUAGUACUAUAUCUUCCAAAAGUAGAACAGAAAGUAAUCGGUCAAAGCAAGGUACAGGAAAGAGUGAUGCGUUUUCAGAGCAUUCAGAAGAAACGAAGAAGCUAUUUACAGACCUUCAGAGGGUAUUUCGGUUUCAAAAGGAUAGCUGUAAAAACAUUUAUGACUACUUUGUUGUUUUAGUAGAAUCGCGGCGACGCGGUAGUCGUAAUGACUUUGAAAAAGCGGUUGAUUCUUUAUAUGCGGACUAUAUUUUGGGACCAAACAGUAAUUUUCAUAAAUGGUAUGAGUUUGUAUAUGGUAAGGAUGCCUUACCGCAGUGGGCCUAUGGCUCGCUUGGUGAUAAAAUUUUACAAAUCGCGUUAUAUUUAUUAAUAUGGGGAGAAUCUGGAAAUAUUCGUUUUAUGCCGGAGUUGAUUUGUUUUCUUUUUUCGAUAAUGGGAGACUACUAUUAUGGUACAACAUCGGAGGAAACUAGCGUGACGAGACCCUUUUUAGAGCAUGCUAUAACGCCCAUUUACAAAUAUUACUAUGCUCAGUUAACAUCAGGAGCUGAUCACUCGAAGGUAAUAGGGUAUGAUGAUAUUAAUCAAUGUUUUUGGAAUAAGUCAUUUGUCUAUACACUUCCAGUUAAAGACGUGGGUCCGCUAAAGGCUAUCGCAGCUCAACAUCAAUAUGCAUAUUUUGAUAGGGUAGAGUGGCAUCUCUGUCUUGUCAAGACUUACUAUGAAAAACGUACAUGGUUUCAUAUUGUUACUAAUUUUCAUCGUGUUUUGGUGAUGCAUCUAUCAGUAUAUUGGUAUUAUUUGAUAUUUAAUUCUAGGCAAUUAUACUCCUUCAUGUUUUCCGCUGUGAACGGCGGUGACCCACCAUUAUAUGCACUUCUAUUAACUCUAUCCUUUGCUGGAGGGAUAGCAUGUUUGAUAACUAUUGCAGCAUUGAUUGGAGAGGCUAUAUUCAUGCCGAGAACGUCACCUGUCGCUACACCUAUAGUUGGCAGGAUGGGGAUGACAAUUUUAGCUUUUUUAGCUAACGUUCUUCCGCAGACUUUACUAUUUGCUUUGGAUCCGGAAAUUCUACAUACGCGGAUAGGGACGUUAAUUGCGGUAGGGCAAUUUGGUUUUUCAUUAUUGAUUGUGCUAUAUUACUCUACGCAGCCCUUAAAACAUCUCUACACUCGUGCUAAGGACGAUCCUUUUACCUCAAACAUCCUACCACUACCAAGGAGUUCUCAAACAGCAUCAGUGGUACUUUGGACAUUAGUUUUUGUUUCUAAGUUCCUUGAAUCAUAUUAUUUCUUGACUUUGUCAGUUCGAGAUCCCAUAAGAGAAUUAUUCAACCUAAGAAUUAAUAAUUGUAAUGAGGACGCAUGGCUAGGCAAAUGGUUUUGCGAAAACCAUGGCAAAAUCCUCACCGGUUUAUUGGUUUUAACACACUGUGUGCUAUUCUUUUUGGACACCUACUUAUGGUAUAUCCUUUACAAUUCGUUAUUUUCAACUGCAAGGUCGUUCAUGCUUGGUAUGUCGCAAUGGAUACCAUGGAGAAAUGUAUUUUACGAGCUUCCAAGGCGUUUUACAGAUAAACUAUUAUUGAAUAAUGUAAAUACAGACUCAGAUGUUGAUAUUACAGGAUUUGCAAUUAUAUGGAACGAAAUAAUUCUAUCAAUGUACAGGGAACAUAUAUUGUCAUUUGAACAUGUAGAAAAGCUCAAAUAUGAGAUGGUCAACGAGAUGACCUUGAGAGGUCCAUCAAUAUUCUCCAAAAGGAAAUCCAAUUUUUUUAAGAAGUCGGUAUUCAAUAGGUCGACUGAAGCUAAGCGAAGGCUUAGAUUCUUUGCUAAAUCGAUGUCCUGUCCUAUUCCAGAUCAAACACCGAUAUCUGAAAUGGCAAUGUUUAGUGUCUUGAUCCCUCAUUUCAAGGAGAAAAUAAUAUUAAGUAUUAAGGACAUCGUGAAAGGCGAAAAUGAUAUUACACAUGUUAUAUUGUUGGAAUAUCUUAAGCUACUUUACGCUGAUGAUUGGAAAACAUUUAUUCAAGAGACAGGGUCAAUUUACCAAGUCGAAGAUGAAAAAAUUAAUACUGCAAGCGUAGUUGACGACAGUGGAAGUGGUGCUAUGUUCAACCUUCCGUAUUCUUUUGCUGGUUUCAAAACUGAUACCCCGGAAUAUACCUUAAGAACUAGGAUUUGGGCAAGCUUAAGAACGCAAACAUUGUAUCGAACAAUUGCCGGGUUCAUGAAAUACAAAAAUGCUAUCUCGAUUCUCUAUAGGUAUGAAACAGGGUGUUCGGCUGAACAAGCUUCGGAGAUGGCGUUGUCGAAAUUUAGGAUCGUAUGCUCAAUGCAAAGAAUGUCAGUGUUUACUAAAGAGGAAAUUGAGGAUCGCGACUACUUAAUUACGCUUUUUCCUAACCUUCAAAUAGCUUAUAUCGAAGAAGAAUAUGAUCCAAUGUCAGGAGAAAACAUAUAUUAUAGCACGUUAAUUGACGGCUAUUGUGACACCAAUGAGGACGGAAAAUGGAAACCUAGAUAUAGGAUUCGUCUACCAGGUAAUCCAAUAAUCGGGGACGGUAAGUCAGACAAUCAAAACCAUGCUUUAAUUUUCACAAGAGGUGAAUACCUUCAAUUGAUUGAUGCAAAUCAAGAUAGUUAUUUGGAGGAAUGUCUAAAAAUUAAAAGCGUUUUGAAUGAAUUUGAAAAUGACUAUCCCAGAAGGCCAGGCAUGGCUACCCCUAAUGGCCCAGUAGCUAUAGUUGGUUCCCGUGAGCACGUAUUUUCUGAAAACACAGGUGUUUUGGGAGAUAUUGCUGCAGGAAAAGAACAGGUCUUUGGAACGUUUUUUGCAAGAAGCUUAUCAUACCUUGGUGGUAAAUUACAUUAUGGUCACCCUGACUUCGUUAAUACCAUUUUUGUCACAACUAGGGGUGGAGUUUCAAAAGCCCAAAAAGGGUUGCAUUUAAGCGAAGAUGUCUUUGUGGGUAUGAACUCAAUAUUAAGAGGCGGAAGAAUAAAACAUUGUGAAUACACACAAUGCGGUAAAGGUAGAGAUUUAGGAUUCGGUUCGAUUUUAAACUUUGUGACAAAGAUCAGCGCUGGAAUGGGUGAACAAACGCUUUCCAGAGAGUACUUUUACUUAUGUUCAAAUUUACCUCUUGAUCGUUUUUUAAGCUUUUAUUAUGCGCAUCCAGGGCACUACUUGAACAAUGCUUGUAUUAUACUAUCAAUUACGUUGUUUAUGGCAUUCAUUUUGAACCUAGCGGUACUUGUCGACAGUAGUGAUAUUUGCGAUGAAGCGGUUACAAGGCCUUUGGAUAACUGUGCAAAUAUAAUGCCUGUAAUAAGAUGGCUAAGGAGAUCGGUUUUGAGCAUUUUCGUUGUAUCCACGGCAUCUUUCUUUCCACUUUUUAUUGAGGACAUAAAUGAAAAGAAUUUCAUUGCAAGUGCAAAAAGAAUACUCAAACAUAUGAUUACUGGCGCCCCAAUGUUCGAAAUCUUUGUUUGUAAAGUAUACUCAGGAUCUCUUAUCAACGAUCUAUACGCUGGAGGAGCAAGGUAUAUUGCCACUGGACGUGGAAUGGCAGUUACUAGAGUACCGUUUUCUAACCUAUAUGCAAAGUUCGCUCCAGAAAGUUUCUAUUUCUCCUUCGUCUGUUUACUUAUCCUUAUGUUUGCAACUUCAACAAUGUGGGAUCCGUUAUUGAUUUACUUUUGGUUUACUAUCUCCUCCCUAUUGUUGUCUCCUUUCAUAUUUAAUCCAAACCAGUUUUCAUGGAAUGAUUUUAUUGUUGACUACAAAAAUUAUUGGAAAUGGCUAACUGGUAAUAGAAUUGGUAGAAACAUUGAUUCGUGGAUUUCAUAUUCUUAUAAUUCGCACCUAAAAGGAGCAAGAUCGGUAUCAUCAUCUUAUGUAUCGAAGGUUAAGGAAUUUUUGAGUGUUAUUUUACAACUUUGCUGGACGUUAUUGAUAUUAAUCCCAUAUAUCUUCCUUAAUUCAAGGAGCUCAUCUGCCUUCGAAACAAAUACCAUGCAGUUUGUAGUAAUGCGGAUUUUGAUUUUGUCUGCUCUACCAAUUGGUUUAAAUGCCACUUGGGUGUUGCUAUUAUGCAUUUUUUCAAGUAGUAUUUCACCAUUCGUGGGAACAACAACAGGAUUUGCAAAAGUAGUCCGCUCCAUUGGUCAUGGCUUAGGUAUACUAUCUCAUGUCAUAAGCUUUGGAAUAAUGUGCAUUCUACAAAAAUGGGACAUACAAUCAAUUAUUAUCACAUUACUCACUGCUGCAAUGCUAGAAUCCAUGUUAUUAAGCAUUAUGGCUUUAUUCGAUUUCUCAUCUGAAGGAAAUGCAGAAAAAUCAAGUCUUGCGUGGUGGUCGGGCCAAUGGUUUAGGGAAAAGUUCACAUUUAAAUUAGUGAUAGACUCAUGUUUCGAAUUUAUUCAUAAGGUGUUGGAAUUGAGUUGGUUUUGCUCAGAUUUUGUGUUGGGGCACUUGCUAUUAUUCUUUCAGAUUCCAAUCCUUAUAAUACCAAACAUUAACAAGGUUCAUUCAUUCAUGUUAUUUUGGAAAAAGGCCGGAUAUCAAAUCCGUCCAUUGUUAUUUUCACGUAAGAUCAAAAGGAACAGAAGGAGAAUCAAACGGAUAUAUUCUUUUAUUUUUAUUCUCAUGUUAGCGCUGUUUGUCGUCCUAUUUUUUAGUCCAUUGGCAAUAGACAAAGUGUUCCACCUACAUAUUGAAAACACAAUGCCCAAAAAUAUUCGCAUUCUAUUCCACACAGGUCCGCUGCUGUAUAUACACAAGGGAUCUCAGGCAUUCAAGAGUUUACAUCACAAAAGCAUGUGA